ACGAGGUUGCCGUGCUACAGCGUUUGUAGCGCAGUGCGCGUGCGCCGGCGGUUUCUGCGGCCGUUGGGCCGGUUGUAGCGCCCGCCCGUGGUGGCGGCUGCGCCGCUGCGCUGCGCGGGAUGGAGGAGGACUUCGUGCUGGCGCUGCAGCUCCAGGAGCUGUGGGAAGCGGAGGAUAAGGAGGCGGCUGCGGCGGCAGCAGCAGCGUGCCCUGAGGCCUCGGCGGUCCCCUCGCCGCUCCGCCCGCUGUCGGUGGUGGACGAGGCCUGGGAGCUGCUGGACCCCAGCCCAGACGUGCACGGCCUCUUCGUGCAGUUCAACGAGACGCUCUUCUGGGGGCGCCUGGCGGCUGUCGAGGUGUCGUGGAGCCCACGCAUGACCCUCUGUGCUGGAGUGUGUAGAUAUGAAGGAAAAGGUGGAAUGUGUUCCAUUCGUCUAAGUGAGCCACUCCUAAAGUUAAGACCGAGGAAGGACCUUGUUGAGACACUGUUGCAUGAAAUGAUCCAUGCCCUGCUUUUUGUUACUAAUAAUGACAAAGAUCGUGACUCUCAUGGACCAGAGUUCCGCAAACACAUGCGUCGUAUUAAUCGCUUGACUGGAGCCAAUGUCACAAUCUAUCAUACCUUUCAUGAUGAGGUGGAUUUGUACCGCCAGCACUGGUGGAGAUGCAAUGGCCCCUGUCAAAAUAGAAAACCUUACUUUGGAUAUGUGAAACGUUCGAUGAAUAGAGCACCCUCUGCACGAGACUUUUGGUGGGUUGAGCAUCAAGAGACAUGUGGAGGUACAUUCACAAAAGUGAAGGAGCCAGAGAACUUCUCUAAGAAAUCCAAGGAGAAAACCCAGCCAGCAAAGCAUCCAAAUUCUGAGUCACCUAACAAAGGCAAGACACAAAUGCAUGAUAUGCAAGAUCUAAUACCUUUUAGUGGAAAGGGAUAUCGGCUUGGAGGAGGAGACAGUGGACUCUCAGAAAAAGGCACAAAUUCCAGCAGCAGCGUUAGAAACAGUGAAACACCUGGUUCACAGCUCCGUUCAGUAGUAAGAACAAUACCAGUCCCUAAAAAUGAGAUAAAAUUUGAAAAAUCGCCCCGUAGUGGCAUCUUCUUUCCACUUUAUACUGAUGAUGCCAGUGAGAAAAUCAACUUAGCUUCAAAGCGUGAGUUUCCUAAACCCUCUGUUGCUAAUACAAAAGCUUACAAGAAUGUUAGUGGGUCUCCUGUUAAAAUUGCUCGUGUUAUGGAAGAAAAAUCAAACCAAGGCUCUGCAAAUGGCAAGAGGGUAAUGCCGCUUUAUAACAGGCCAUCAAAACAAAUCUGUUUUGAGCAGACAACAGCAGCUCAGGUUGCACCUGAGAAAAAAAUCUCUGAGUGUACUAAGACCCUGCAGCAAUGGCCAAAAAUGGAAGACAAAACUGCCUUUGAAAACUAUUUCAUUAAAAAAGGGAGUACUGAUGUCACUUUAAGUAUAAAUACACCUAUGAAAACCAAAGCUGAAUCUACAGUGUCCUCUCCAAGUUCCAGCACUGCUGUAGGGCAGGAUAAAAAAGUCAGUUGUCCUGUUUGCCAGUCUGAGGUUUUGGAGUCUAAAAUAAAUGAACACCUUGAUUCUUGUCUUGCAUAAAACCUUUCAGAAAGCUGUCUCAAAAAGAUAAACCAGGACCGAAAACAUUGCCCCAAAACUACUUUGCUCAGGGUUUGCUUAGCUGUGGUUACUUCACUGUGUGCCUGUUCUGAACUGGAAUUUUAACUACUGUCAGCAUGCAGAACAACAGGUUUUGUGGAGCUGCACGUCAGUGCUGACUAGGAAGCUGGUUGCUCCUUGUGUUCCAAAGAAUCGACUACUCUCUUUUAGUAGGUGAACGUUUGUGCCAAUGUUCUUGCUGCAGAACCUGGGUAAUACAAGAGAAGGUGAAUACUUGCAGAACUGCAUGUUAUCAAGGCAGUUUUUAAAAUUAAGACAUUUUUAAUCCUGCUAAAUUAUCUUUGUUCCUAAGACCCUUUUAUGUUGGUUUUUGUAAGUGUUUUUGGCCAUUCUUAACCAUCUAUAAUAGAUAAGAAUUCUUCUGUUUACUGCAAUGCCAUUAAGUGGUGGGUAUUUUUAGAGUAGUAAAUAUUUUGCUUAAGCCACAAUUACUCUCAGGUGGUCCUACUCACCCAUGACCUUUUUGAAAAGAUAGACAAGUGUGAGAAUCUCAAAUACUUUCUGAGGAGCUUGUUUUCAAAAAGAAUUUAAAAGUUAGCCAUACUGUUAGAAUUUGGAGCGGUCAAAUGGAAGAUAAUGAACUUCAGUCUUAGGUGUCUUUUGGUCCAGGAUCCCAGUUGGACUCUCCACCCACUUUUUCUGAUGGUUUGCACAAACUCUAUGUUGAAAGUUCACUAGUUCUUAGGCUAUAGGUAUUAUAUAUAUGAGUAGCUGACCCCCAUAUGCUGAUACUAGUAAGUAAAAGUUGUGAGGAAUAUUGGUAGCAAUACUGGUAAAGACUGUUCCUGGCUGUAUCAUAAAAGCCUUCAUGAUUUUUCAGUUAAACUUCCAGUGUUUUACAGGCCAAAAUGGCAUUAAAUUGACAUGAACUGCCAAUCUUUGUUUUGCUGCUUCUGGAUGCCAGCCAGCAUAGUGGUUAGUAUCCAACAAGCCAGUCAGUUGAGUACUGAAACCAUUGUGCUGUGAAAAGUUAUGAGUGCUGAACAGAUGGGUUUUCUCUAUAAACUUUCUGAAAUGUUAACAGUUCUCUUGCUGCACUGAAAGUAUUUAACUGGUUAAACAGUUAACAGCUUGAUUCCUUACUUGUAAAACUGAUUAUAAAUAUUUUUGUUUAAAAAAAAAUUAUGCUGUUUCAUAUAUUGUUGCUAUAACUUUAAAUGGCUAUAUUAGCCUCAGAUGCACAUAUGUUGCCUUUAUAUUAUCAAUUGCUGCUCCCUUUUGAAAUUGGGAAAUAAACUGAUGUGCAAUGGAAUUUGGCAAAUGAUACCUUGACUCUUUUUAAACAUUGAUGUAUUUUUUUUUUAAAUACUGAUGCUACAGAUGUUUAAUGUGAAUUGGAUUGUUCUUGCAUAUUCUGAAUAAAUUGGUAUGUUUCAAA